CUGCGGACAACGCGCAGGGCGCGAGGCGCGGGACGCGGGGCGGAUAGCCGUCCGGGCCCGGGCGGCUGGCAGUGGGCACAGGCUCCCCGGUGCCCGCCCCUCCGCCGGGAGGGGGGCGCGAGCGGGCGGCCGGGGAGGGGCCGGCACCGCCACGGCAAAAUGAGCCUGCUGUCUGCCAUCGACACGAGCGCCGCCUCGGUGUACCAGCCAGCCCAGCUACUCAACUGGGUCUACCUGUCUCUCCAGGACACACACCAGGCUAGUGCCUUCGAUGCCUUCCGGCCCGAGCCGCCCGCCGGCGCCGCGCCCCCGGAGCUGGCCUUCGGCAAGGGCCGCCCGGAGCAGCUGGGUUCUCCCCUGCACUCCAGCUAUCUUAACAGCGUCUUCCAGCUGCAGCGCGGAGAGGCCCUGAGCAGCAGUGUGUAUAGGAACGCUUCACCCUACGGCUCCCUCAACAACAUUGCUGAUGGCCUCAGCUCCCUCACCGAGCAUUUCUCGGACCUGACGCUCACCUCCGAAGCCCGCAAACCCAGCAAACGGCCUCCUCCGAACUACCUGUGCCACCUGUGUUUCAACAAAGGACACUACAUUAAGGAUUGCCCUCAGGCACGCCCCAAAGGUGAGGGUCUGACACCGUACCAAGGCAAGAAGCGCUGCUUUGGCGAGUACAAGUGCCCAAAAUGCAAGAGAAAAUGGAUGAGCGGAAACUCCUGGGCCAACAUGGGGCAGGAGUGCAUCAAGUGCCACAUCAACGUGUACCCACACAAGCAGAGACCCCUGGAGAAACCUGAUGGCCUGGACGUGUCUGACCAGAGCAAGGAGCACCCUCAACACCUCUGCGAAAAGUGCAAGGUCCUGGGCUACUACUGUCGUCGUGUGCAGUGACCUUGGCCACCACUGUAGCACCCCUCAGCUGCCACCUCCCUGUGCUGCCCAAAGGGCUGAAUGUCCCCAUCCUCAAGGAGAUGUCACAAGCCUGUGGCUUACGCAGAGGAGACUUGUGUCCUUGUCUCACGUGCUGACAGAGCAGCCGACAUGCUCCCAACAGGGUGCAGAGACAGGAGGAUCAGGGACUCUUCACCAUAGGCCUGGGCUCCGUAGGAGGACAGAGGCCAGCAGAGGUCUUGAUGUUCCUGCAAGCUCUCUUCCUGAGUGUCUCUGGGGCAAGCGACCUUGCAUGUGACACGAGUACACUAAGUGAACUGUGAAUCCCAAGGCCUGUGGGAAGUUCUCCCUCCAAGACCAGCCAGGCCCUCUCCCACCCAGCACCUUGCAGCUUGCCUCCUAUGAAAAACCACUCUAGGAAGCCCCAUGCCAUUCCUGAUCUGUAGCCACAGGGCAGUCACUUGUUCUAGCAGCUACUGAGGAGUGGCCUUCUGAGUGGCCUUCUGUCCCCGCCCACACUGAGUCCCAAAUCUGAGCAGCCCUGACAUCACUGCAUUGCACCUGGUAGCUAAACCCAGCCUCCCUCCGCCAAUGGGACAGGCAGGCAGAGGGUGAGCCCAGGGGGAGACUGAACAGUAACCAGUGUGCCAAGACAUCCUAGGGACAUCAGGCAUCACCACUUCCCAUGAUGCCCCCAGACUGUCCUGUAGGUUUGGGUUCUGUCAGCUGCUCUCUCUUUACCCCUAGCCUUCACCCAUGUCCGAGAUGCCACCCCGCAAAAGCCUGUAAAAGGCACGAAGGAUGCAGGCCUUGGCAUUCUGGAGCCACUUUCUGCCAUUUGGGGCAAGGACAUCUCCAGCCUUAGUUUCCCCAAUUAGUUAAGUGACAAAGUGCCACCAGAAAGCAGGAGGUCCCAGUGAUCUCUGACGUUCUAGAAGAGAGCUGGCUGCCUCUGGAACACAGAGUGUCACCGGGGGGUGAUCUGCCUCUAGAGAUCCAGGUGCACUGCCCUCCAGCCUCUGUUCUGAAAGUCACUUAGGAUGUCAGGCUGAGUGAUGCCAGGUCCUCUCCCAUAGUCCUCCUUGCCUGGUGUUCCCAUCCCCCAAAAAGAUGAUUCCUCCUCUUCCUCCUCAGCCCCUCACACUGGGCAAGCCUAAAAUGAGCCACAGAACCUCUCCUUUGGAAACUGGAGAUAGUGAUUUCCUACUUCCUAAGGAGGCAGAGAGAGAUUUCCUGGCAUGUCACAUGGUCCCAGGGGGGCUGUCAUCCUGGCCAGGGUCAGCAGUGCACCCCCUACCCUGUGUCAAGCUGCAUUUCUCUUGUCUUUCUCUUCUUCACCAGCUGUCAGGACUGAGUUGCUUGACCUUGCCCUACACUAUGCUUCUAUGGAGAGAGAGAGAGAAAAAAAAAUCAGACCACGAAAUAGGCCUGAAAUUCAGUGUUUACAUAUGGUGCCCAGCUGCCCUUUGUUUUCAAAUGAAAAUGUCUUGUACGACUGAGGAGUCAUGUGAAGUGUUAAGCGAGGGUCCAGGGGUUAAGUGGAAGAGAUGGCCGUGUGUCUGCAGCAGCUAGCUGCAGGGUAGAUUGUGGGGGAAUGUACCCUCUCAGCACUUAGCAAAGGUAUACCCAGACUUACAGCAGUGUGGUGGCCUAGACUGCUCCCACCUGCUGCCCUCAAACGGUGGCAUGCUGGGCUGCAGAUGUGAGCACCCAGCACCAAGGGUUUCCCAGUCUUGCUGCUGCACUAGGGCUGCCUCGUGCCAAGCUUCCUGUCGCUUGGAAAGGACCUUUUCUGUCAGGCAUCCCACCGGGGGCCCUAAAGAGAAUGUCACAACAAUGGACAGUGUACCUGUGUCCCAAACAGGGACAAGUCGGGAAUAGGUAAACUGAGUCAAAAAUGCAAAGAGCUAGUGACAGUCUUCAGACAGCCAGGGCCAGUAGAAGGUUCGCUAUCAGCCUAAAGAGACAUUUUGGUCACUAGACUGAUGUCUGUGCACAGCCAGGCCCCGCUCACCCCAGGCAGCCUCUUCCUGGCCCUGCUUUGCAAUGCUUUGGCUGAACUUGUGACCUUCCUGAGGCUAGCAAAAGAUACCACUAUUAAGACUGGGUGUUGGAAGACUUAAUGCUCAGAGGGCCUAGGAGCCCAGGGGACAAGAAAGUGUGUGGUUGUAGUACAUUCAAAAGGGACAAUCGCUUGCAGUCAGUAGAUCUAGUGAUCUAGUUGAGAGAGAACGGCGUUUACCCCAUAUGAAGUAUUCAAUAGCUCUACUUGUGAAUUUGUAUUUAUUUUGAGUUAUACUUGACACGGAAUUCUUUUUUUUUUUAAAAAAAAAUGCUAUGUGUGUAUUUUGGGGAAAAAAUUCAUAGAUGUUAAAAUUUCUGCAUGGUUACCAGGUUUUCUUUGGACGUGGAACUUGGUGGCCUCCCCUUCCAACCCCCAAAUUUCUUCAUAGUGAUUUUUGUUUGUAUAUAUUUGAGGGUCUUUUUUUAAAAAAGAAAAAUGUGAUGGCUUGAUACUAUUGAAAUUGAAAACAACAAAAAGGCAUGUUUUUAGCCUCCAGUGCUUUGGAAAGCGCAGUCCACAUCAAACUGAUUUUUAGAUAUAUUUUGCAAGUCUGGUUGAGCUAUAAGAAGAUAUUUAUGGUGAGAACUUUUCCUUUUUUUCUUGUCAUUUUUUUCUAUGCUUUGGUCUGUAAAAAGUAUGCAACUGAACUACAUUAAGAAGGAAAUAUUAUCUACAUAGAAUUAUUAUAUGAAGCUGGUACAUAAUUCUAACGAGGAAAAAAAAUCUUCGUAAUCUUUUAAGCUGUUUUUUUUUUAAUUUCGUUUUCCUUGGAUGAAAAUAUCAGUAUUAAGCAGCCAGUGUAUUAUUCAAGUGUUUAGACUUAUUAAUAUGCUCUUGUCUUGUAUUUAUACAUUUGUGUAUUUUGGAAGUAUUGCCUUUCUAAGGGACGUUAUCAAUGGACAACAUGGCAAAAAGGGAAUAGCCAUCCUGUGUCUCUUCCGCCAAGGAUGACAGGUGGCGUUGACUCUUCCCCUGCAUCCUUGUGCUAUUGCCUUGUUAAUUUUUAGGGGAAGGGCAGGAAAUGGACAAGGGAAGAGGACACAUCGGACGAACAGAUCCUUUGGUCUGUAAGCCCAGUGACCUUGUCAGCAAGACCCAAGGAGGUACAAGAACCCCGGAGGCAGGCUUCCUCCUUGUCCUAGUCCUGCCUGGAAGCCCCAAGCUCUUUGAACUCGGAUCUGUCCACUAAGCCCUCACACCUGCCUUCUAGCGCUAAUGGACUUGAAUUUACCUUAAAGUCUAAUCCAACCUCACUACAUUGUAGCCAGUGCAACAGCUAAUACUGAAAUAAGGGGUCUUUGCAGCCAUCUGCUGCGAAGUGGCAAUAAGGCUUGUCCUUUGCUCUUAUGGCCAACUUCCCUUCAACCCUGUGUGGUGAUCCUGUCCAUGUCUGUGUCUGUUUGUGUGUGUGCAUUCAGCUAAAAAGACAAACAGAACCCGUGAGCCCCGCCUAGAGGGUGCAUGGAGAAAGUUCCUGACUUCCCUGAAAGGGCCGGCCUCGGGGUGGCAUUCCGUUGUGUGCCUUAUUCCUGGAGACUAUAUAAAGCUUGCCUAUGAAAAUAUAGCCUUUCAGUGCUGUAUUAAAAGGACUUUGGAAAGAUG